CACUUUAAUUGACAAGGAAACCUUAUGGAUCAAGAACUUGAUUUUGGUUCAAACAAAAAUGGCACAUAUAUUACUCUAUAUGUUCUAAAAUAUUCCUAAGUUUCCACUUUAUAAUUGGCGUAGUGUGGAAAUGAGGUGGCUCCAAUGUUCAAGUCUUAACUCCAAUGCUUUUUCCAAACUAUUUUGUCUCAAUCUCUCUCACUUUUCUCCCAAUAUAAACACAAUCACGUUGUGUAACGAAAUGCAGAUAAAUCUUUCACACUGAGCCACACUCAUUAACUACGUACGGUUUUUACAAAUGGAAGACACAGAAAAUAAACAACAAAUUGAGGUCAUAAUCGAAGUUUCUAAUGGUAAUGGCAGCCAAGUAAACUAUAGCCUUCCCAAUAUUAACGAUACCAAAACAUUGCUAUCGUCCAUCUUAACUAGCGUCCAUGCGGGCUACUUCAGAAUGAGCAUAUCAUUUGGUGCCCAAGCUUUGUUGUGGAAGAUUUUGGCACUGCCCACAAAUGAUAACUCUCAACCCAUCCAUCACCUAUUCCGCAAGCUUCCUUCGACAGCCUUUCUUUUGCUCUGGUGUGUCGCCCUCCUCUUGUUAUUUUCGCUCUCUUUUCUGUAUAUUCUCAGAUGUUUCUUUCACUUUCACUUGGUGAGGACGGAGUUCUUACACAACAUAGGAGUGAACUACUUAUAUGCUCCUUGGAUUUCAUGGCUUCUCUUGCUUCAAUCUGCACCAACGAUCAUCCCAAACACUCUUUCCUACCAAGUUCUUUUGUGGGUUUUCACCGUUCCGGUUUUCUUGCUAGACCUAAAAAUCUAUGGACAGUGGUUCACAACCGAAAAAAGAUUCCUAUCCAUGAUGGCGAACCCGACCAGCCAGAUUUCUGUGAUAGGUAACUUGUUGGGUGCCCGAGCAGCAGCAGAAACGGGGUGGAAAGAAAGUGCGGUUUUUAUGUUCUCACUAGGCAUGGCACACUAUUUAGUACUCUUUGUAACACUUUACCAGCGUUUAGCAGGUGGCAGCCGGUUUCCAGCCAUGAUGCGUCCGGCUUUCUUCUUGUUCUCUGCUGCACCAAGCUUGGCAAGUUUAGCUUGGAGCUCCAUCUCAGGAACUUUUGAUGCCCCAUCCAAGAUGCUCUUCUUCCUCUCUUUUUUCCUCUUCAUCUCUUUGGCUUGUAGACCAGCAAUUUUCAAGAAAUCAAUGAGAAGGUUCACUGUUGUCUGGUGGGCAUACUCCUUCCCGCUAACCUUCGUCGCUCUAGCCUCUGUAGAAUACGCUCAGAAAGCAAAAGGUCAUAUAGCUUCCGGCCUAAUGCUUGUGUUAUCAGUGUUCUCAAUAUUGGUUUUCUUUGGCCUCAUGAUGCUCACUGCAGUAAAGAUGGAAAAACUUUUCACUCAAAAAGGAUCAACUCAGCAGCUUUACUAAUUAAUGAUUUUAACCAAAACUUUGUUCCAAGACUAGGGUAUGGAAAAAGAUAUUUAAACCUCUUUUUUUUUUUUUCUUUUUUUUUUCUCCACUUUAGUUUCUGUUGAAGACCAUAAAAUUCUAACUGGUAAAUUUGUUGAAGAACACGAAACCAAGACUCUUGGUUUAGACGGCUUAAGUCUCACCGGCAAUUUUAGUUUUCAGCCAUGUAAAUGCUGUGCAUGUACUUUUAAUUAUGGAACUAUAGAUGCUAUUGGACAUGGUACAAAAUAUUAAGAAAAUAUAUAUGAACCUUUAUUGAAGACAACAAAAUACAGUUUCCAACCCUGAAUCACGCAAGAU